AUUCGCUUUGCUUAUAUAAAUGUAGCAAGCCUUGGCCUCAAUUCCCAGUCAAAAGUCUUGAAGAAAAGCUCUUAACAUGGCAACUGAAAAUCAAGAUCCUAUUCAAAUUGCAGCAGAUAAGUAUAGGUCUUUCUUGCACGAAGAAGCACAAAAUACAGAGUGGAGACAUGGUGGCCCUCCUAUAUACGAUGAUGUCAAUAAAUUGUUCGAAGAAGGCCGAACCAAGGAAUGGCCUAAAGGAUCACUUGAAGAGGUAGUUCAAAAUGCUUUGAAGUCAUGGGAAAUGGAGUUGUCACACAAGACUCAAAUUCAAGAUUUCAGAACAAUAAAUCCUGAAAAAUUCAAGCUCAUCGUUAAUGGAAGAGAGGGCCUAUCUGCAGAAGAGACGCUGAAAAUGGGGAGUUACAAUGCAUUGUUAAAGAGUUCGAUGCCAGAAGAAUUCAAAUAUUACAAAGCAGAUGAAGAGAGCUUCGAGUCAUCCCACGAUGCUUUUCGAGUGGCACUUCCCCGUGGCUUUGCAUGGGAAGUUAUAAGUGUUUAUUCAGGUCCACCUGUGAUUGCUUUUAAGUUUAGGCACUGGGGUUACUUUGAAGGUCCUUUUAAAGGACAUGCUCCUACUGGAGAAUUGGUUCAGUUUUAUGGGAUUGGAAUUCUCAAUGUUGAUGAAUCACUAAGAGCAGAAGAUGUGGAGGUUUAUUAUGAUCCAACUGAGCUUUUUGCAGGACUGCUUAAAGGGCCUUUAAUUUCUGGUUCAGAGCGCACAGAUUCUGCAUCUUCUCAUAAAUGUCCAUUUAAUAUGUAGAAAUUAAAUAAUCAUCCUACUAUUGUACCAAGACGAAAAUCUAUUCAAUGGACAUCGAUCUUAUCAAAUUUCUGGAAAUGUGUUCUUGUAGAAAUGCAUGAAUGUAUGUAGUGUUUGAUAGAGCUUACAAGUUA